AUGCCAUUGACAUCAUUAAAUGAAACCUCCGCAUUAGAAGAGGAGUCACCGUCAUUUCUGGACAGCUCACAAGGUAAAGCCACUCUUUGUGUUUACAUAUUAACGUUUAUCUUGGGCUCAAUUGGCAAUGUCCUCGUACUGUUAGUAGUACAAGGUAAAAAACGUCGAACAAUUAAUGAUUUGUUUAUUGUAAAUCUGGCGAUAUCCGAUCUUCUUAUGAUUGGUUUUCUCCCUGUGUACACGGCUAGACUUUUCGUCAAAUUUCACCAUAGCACGGCGUUCUGCAAGACAAUAUCGCCGUUAGCCACCAUGACGUUUUUUGUUAGUGUGUUCACCCUUACGUCCAUGGCAAUCCAUCGAUGUUAUGUCAUUACAAACCCAUUUAAACCUGAGAUACGUAAGUGGAAGAUUAUUGGCUGGUUAAUUGGUUUAUGGCUGGCAUCUUUCCUGGCUGUGCUUCCUCUAGUGAUUGUGGCUCAGGGUGAUUUUGGAACAGAGUGCGACGAGGGAUGGCCUUCUGAAAAGGGACGAAAGGCAUACACAGCUUCCUUGUUCGUCCUGCAAUAUUCGCUUCCCUUGGCUGUCAUUAGUGCCGCAUACAUAAGAAUCGCAGUGGAUUUGCUUAAAUCGAGUACAGAGCGAUUCGGACCUGGAAAAAGUCUCAACAAUAAUACCCGGCGUGUACGCAAAGAAGACAUCCAGAUUUUAAAAACGAUUGCGGUUAUUGUGUUAGUAUUUGCAAUUUGCUUGUUACCCGUUCAGCUUUCCUGGAUGAUGACUGAUUUUGGUAGCGAAAGAGAGAAACAAAUUGCAAAAGACGUGUUUCUCAAGUUCGAUUUUCUUCUUUCUAUUAUUCAUAGCUGCCUCAAUCCGCUCGUCUAUGGAACGCUCACGAGACGCUUCAGAAGAGGUUACAUAAGAUACCUAAUAUGUCUGUGUCCUUGCAUCAAAAUGCGUUUGGCUGAUAUCCAGAGCACGGCUGGUCCGUCACAAAAUAACUCUCUACGCAAACAGAACGGUAAAGCUCAUGUCCAUGACCACGAGGACAAGAUUUGGUUUGCGGUAAACGGAAGUCCUGAACACGAAACUAAAAGCACAGAAGUUUAACCCAAAGUGCAGAAUAAAACAUUAAAACUGUAGCCGAAGCUACUUCAUGUAAGACGAAGCGUAACUUCAUUUGGCACAAGGACUAAUAGAGCCUUUUUACAUGACGUCACCGCUGCCAUAUUUGUGUUCCAAAGCAAUAAAACGGCGGCUAUGUUGGCGUUCCAACCCAAUCCUAUGGGAGCUAAACUCUUUUCUUUUGUCGAGCGUUUUUAACAUGAGCCUCUGGCUCGGAAGAUUGUGUAAACACUUCCCACGUCUUCGACAUUAAAUAAAUCAUUCAUUCAUUCAUUCAUGUAAACGCUGGCCACGUGAGUAAAAACGCUCUUUAGCCUGGAUAAAAAAGUGUUCGG